AUGGACUCUUCUCUUUCCGACCUAGUACUCGAUAGCCGAAUCCAAGUUGAAUUCAGCAGCAACUUCACGUAUCGAUUUACAUUCCAGUCCAGGGUAUCUUCUGCCCGGUAUUUCAGACGCAGGCCGCGAAAGGACACAUGGCAGGCGGUAAAGCUACUUGGAAGGGGAUCAUAUGGCACUGUUUCUCUGCACAAAUGCCUGACAAGCGAGGGCAAAGCGGAAUUGCAGGCCGUGAAAACGAUCGAGAAGACCGUCAUCUCAGAGGGCAUUGAUUACUACAGAGAGCUAGAAGCGAUCGCGAAAUUCUCACAGAAAAAGUACGAAGGACUUUUCGUCGAGUACAUUGGAUGGUACGAGAACGAUGAUUCCGUGUUUAUUGUUAUGGAAUAUAUGGAAUAUGGCGAUCUGGAUCUGCAUCUCAAAAGGCCGUUGCCCGAAAAUGAAGCUAGGGAGAUCACGUUGCAAAUAGCGGAAGGCCUGAAACUCCUCCAUGAAAAUGGAUUUGCUCACCGUGACCUCAAACCUGCGAAUAUCUUUGUCUUCCGCAAAGGCCCUGAUUGGUGGGUCAAAAUUGGUGAUUUUGGUUUCAGCAAACGUGUCGAUGAGAAAGAUGCCCUUCUUCGAUCUUGUGUUGGAACCCCGAUUUUCCUUGCUCCAGAGGUGCACAUGCUUUACUCCUCUAGCAUAAAUGAUCAGGGCACCGUGCUCCAAUAUACAAAGAAAGUUGACAUAUGGGCGCUGGGCGUCUUAACGUUCUACAUGAUUUUUCACGAUUAUCCAUUCUCUCCCAGGAAAUCCAUCACUCUGCAACAAUACAUGGGAGGAGAAGACUUUCCCUUCCCAACAUCCCGACUGCCAGAGAUUAGUAAGGCGUGCAAGAGCUUCAUAAAGGCCGCGAUGGCUCCGGACGCCUCAGAGCGAUUAUCUGCAAAACAAGCCACGGAAAACGAAUGGCUGAUGCGCCCUGACUUACAAAUUGUGGAAAUGGCCUCCCUGAGAAUAAAGACAGAGAAGCUUCCGGACAGCAUUUCAACAGAAGUAUCCCAAGAGGUGUUGGAGCCUAUGCGGAAACAUGACUCCAGCGACGGCAACACAUAUCCACCGGGCGGAAAUGUACGAGCAGAUGUACCGCCCAAUAGCUCGGAAUCAUCCACCAGAAAAGAGUCUACUGCAGUAAAGUUCGACCCGUCAGAAACUCGAACUGAUUCUCCGUCGUACGAACACGCGAUGCAAUUGCAACUCAAAGAAUUGCAAUCACUCCAUAGUCAAGGGAUGGAGCAUUUCCGCCAGAAUGACUUCAAGAAAGCCGAGUUUAUGCUUCGACAGGCGGCCAAGGGACGCGAGAAAUUGCGGGGAUUAAAGUGCAAGGAGACUCGCAACUCAUACCAUUGUCUUGGGGUUCUUUACUACCAUAUGUCCAAAUACUCACAAGCUAAACAAUUGUUCCAGCGGGUAUUGGAUUAUCGAGAAAGGGUUUAUGGGCCGAAGGGUAUAUCCACGCUCAAAUCCCGCUAUUGGAUCGGAGUCUUGACAAUUCAAGAAGGAAAUAACCAAGAAGGACUAUCUAUCUUACGGCAAGUAGUGGAAGUCCAGAAAGACGUCCUCGGGCCAAAUCACCCAGAAACCCUUCUUUCGCUUUCUGCAAUUGAGCAGCACAACCCUCAAAUCUUGGAAAUUUCGCCGCAAAAUUCCAUCUCUCCACCACUCUUGGAGAUAGAAAAAGCCACAAAAUCCAUGCAGCAUACUAUUUGGAAGCUGACACCAUUACUUCGGCGGACAUCUUCCUACCCUCAGAAAUUUCCGAGGAAAGCGGCAGUGAAGAAAUGCCAUAGGGGUAAAUUGGUGAUAGUGAGGUUACCACAGAAUUCUCCCCAGAUUCUGCCGCAGCCUCGACCAAAAUACAAGCCAGGAUGUUCAGAUUCAUUCAAAGUUGAAUCCCAUUAUCGCACUAUGGCCGAACUUGGUCAAAAGCUGCACGAACAUGGAGAUUACAAUGCUGCCCAAAGUCAUCUCGAACUAGCAGCGAGUGGACUCCAGAAAGCUUUGGGACCAACACAUGUCGAUUCCCUCGAAGCUCUUUAUUGGCUUGGCCGCAAUCAGUACGAGCUAUGCCACUAUCAGACCGCGGAGGUUGUAUACAGUGAAGUGGCAGCCGGGCUAACCGAGAGCCUGGGCACUAGCGACAGGAAGACGCUGAAUUCUUUGCAUGCAAUUGGACUAGCGCGCUCCAAGCAAGGAAAGUAUCGAGAGGCUGAAUUGGUCUUUCGUUCUGCAUUUCAAGGGUUGGAACAGAAUAGCGAUAAACAUGACCAAGGUCUAGUGCGCACCCUCUUCCAGAUUGGAUUCACCUUAUACAAGCAAGGAAAUUCCGAAGAAGCCGAACCAUUUUUCCAAGACGCUUUGAACAGACGAGACUUCUUGUUAGGGCCGGGAGCUGCAGACACAAUUGAAUGUGCCUUCUGGCUUGGACGUGCCCUAUUUGACCUGAAGAAUUACCACGAAUCUGAAGAAGCUUUCCGCCAGAGUAUUACACGAAGGCAAGACAGCAGGGACAUGUCAACAAAUCAUUGGCUAGGGUUGGCUAUGUAUUGCCAAGGAAAGUACAAACAAGCCAUAUUAUUCCUCCGCCGAGCAUUCUCGCUACGAAACGCCAAAUGUGGAGAACAUGACCUGGAUACGUUGAGUUCCUCUUACUGGCUUGGCUUGGCGUACUAUUACCAGGCCAGAUAUGCUGAAGCGGAGCCUCUUCUAUUUCAGGCGCUGAGUGGGAUGAAAAAGCGGACCAGGCUCCCGGGGGUCCCGAAUCAAGAUACUCUCGACUGUCUAUGUUGGUAUGAAGAGGUUCUUCAACUGCAGGGUAAAAACGAGAUAGCAGAGUUGGCCCGACAAAAUAUAUUGCGAGACCAUGGCAUAUUGUUUGGUCUUGAAUGUCCGAAUCGCCUACUGACGGUCAGGCGAUGGGUCAGGUCAUUGGAACCCCAGAAGAAAUUCCUAGGAGCAAAUUCUGGGUUCUAA